CCGAGACAAACGCGCCUCCUGCAGCUCCAACAAACUUUCUGCUUCUUUGUCCUGUUUUUCCUGCUCCGACCCGGCUCGGUUUAGCUCGGUUCGGAUCGGUUCUGCAGCUGCGGAGCGAAUAGACCGAAGAGAGCGACCCGCAGGAAAGUUUGCAGAGCAGCGAGAGGAGGAGGGAUCCGGGGAGAAAGAGAGCCGGAGAGCCGCUCCUGCUGCGGACUGACGGCGGGGGCUUGAACCUCCAGCAGCGGGGAGACUCGGGGCUGCGGGUCGCUGUUUGCCCGGAGAUCAGAGCUCCUCUUCGGCAGACUCUCAGUGAGCUGCUGUUCCAGAAACAGGACCCUGAGAGAGUCUGAUCCGGACUGCGCGUAAAUGUUUACGGACCGAGUUUAGUCCCCGCGCACAUGGACGCACCGGUCCUCUGAUCCGGUUCUGAUUGGGUGAAAACAUGAAACUUUUGGACACUUUGUCCUCCUGGAGGCGGAUCUGGACCAGUCUACCGGUUUUAACGGAUUUCUCCUCCUCACAGAAGAAGUGAAAUGGAUUAUUAUUAUUAUCGCUGUGCCUGCUGGGAAAUAAUCAGCUGAUAAUCGAUGAGUGAUUGAUGUGUGGAUGCAAAAGUGAUUAGUUCUUUAUCAGUGGAGACUCAGAGUCUUUCAUGAGUUCUGGUUCUGGUCCCUGUGGGUCUCAGAGCUGAAGACAAGCCGCACAUGGAGCUCUCCGGGCGGCCGCUGCUGCUGCUGCUGCUGCUCGGCCUCCAGCUCUGCUGCUCCGCCGUGCCCGACGACCGCCUCAUCUCAGACCGGUACGGGGUCUACUGGAACAGCUCCAACCCCAGGUUCUUCCGGGGAGAGUACACGGUUGAGGUGGCGAUCAACGACUACCUGGACAUCUACUGUCCGCACUACGAGUGGCCGGAGCCGGCGGACCGCAUGGAGCACUACAUCCUGUACAUGGUGAACUACGACGGAUACACCUCCUGCGAUCACCACCGCAAGGGCUUCAAACGCUGGGAGUGCAACCGGCCGCAGAGCCCCAACGGACCGCUCAAGUUCUCCGAGAAGUUCCAGCUCUUCACGCCCUUCAGCCUGGGCUUCGAGUUCAGGCCGGGACACGAGUACUACUACAUCUCGUCUCCUCAUCCAAACCUGGCUGGGAAACCGUGUCUGAAGCUCAAAAUCUACGUCAAACCCACCAAUGACUCGGUGUACGAGUCUCCGGAGCCCUUCCUGACGGACGACACCACCGGCGGCUGCAGCCUCGUUCUGCCCGGUAACUCCCUGCUGCCCGCCAUGUUGCUCCUCCUCCUCCUCUUCGCCUCCUCAUAGCACCUCCUGCUCUGCUCCUCUUCCUCCUACUGUGGGACUGCUCUCCGUCCUCCCUUUCGCUCGGAGGAGAAAAACCUGAGACAGGAAACUAAUACAGCCACGCCCUCCUCUCCCUGACCUCUGACCUUCACCUGAAUGCAACUCAGUAGCUCGGCCAAUCAGAGGAGGCCAAGGUCACUGGGGGGAGGAGCCAGGAGCUGCUCUGUGAUGGAUGUUUCUGCUCCGACAAUAUCCAGACUCCAUUGACUCCCAUGUUCACAUUAAUGCAUACUAAUGUAUAUACAAAAAUACAUAUAUUACAAUGACUUAACAAUAUUUUCUGCAUUAUUUGUUUAUAAAAUGCACGAAAACAUUUAAAAAAAUAAAGGCAACUUAUUAAAAAGUCCCAAAACACAAUAUUAGAAACAGAUUUGUACCAAAUAUUUACCUGAAAUCAGAAUAUUUAAUUCAUCCCGAGGGGAAAUUAGGCCAUUACACAUGGCGGUCAGUGGAGUCCAGUUUCAGUCCGAAGAGAAAGGCUGUUAACCACGUUUGGAUUUUCAUCACAGCUUCAUCAAAAGACAGAUCAGCAGCAGCAGCAUAAAGAAACUCUAAGACUUCAGCUUCAGUCGGAGCAGUGUUCACCGGCAGCUCUCUGUUCUGCUGCAGCCUACAUCAGUUUAUCUCUUUGCACUGAUGACUACAGUCACAGAAACCAGCCACAACUGUCAAACACAGCAGGUCAUGUAGCAAGAGUAUACCUUUAACUCUUCAUAAAGGGUGAAACCAACGUGUUGGGAUGUCAUUGGCGGCAUGGGAGAACACUUCUCACAGAGAUCUGAAUAACUAACUUUUUGAGCUAAUGUACGUUUACAGAACUUCUUGUCAGGCUAAUGUAGCUUCAGGCCAAUGGGUCAAGCUUUUGUAGCUUCAUAGUGGGGGAAGAGCUAACAUAGUCUCACAGAGGGAAAGCGAGCUUAUGUAGCUUUAAAGAAGUGCCGGACAAGCGUAGCCGCACAGACCCGCACCACGCGCUGCUGUAGCUUUACAGACAUACAGGACAAGCCAACGUAGCUUCACAGAAAUAUGGGUGGCGUUAACAUAGAUUCUCAGACAUACGGAAUGGGCUGACGUAGAAUCUUAGGGAAGGCUAACGUAGCUUCACUGACAUACAGGACAUGCUGGUGUUGCAUCACAGACGCACAAGACAUGCUAACAUAGGUUCAGAGACAACCUAGAUAACUUAGGCUAAAAGACAAAUGGGGGGGGAUCUAAUGUAACCUCACAGACAUAUGGGAGAAGCUAAAGGAAAUUCAGACACACUGGAUGAACUAUCAUAGCUUCACAGACAUACAGGCCAAGCUAACGUGGAUUCACAGACAUCAGGGAUCAGCUAACGUAGAUUUAAAGACAUAUGGGAUAGGCUAACUUAUCUUUCAAGACGUAGGGGCAAGCUAACUUACAUUCACAGACAUACCGGAUGAGCUAACGUAGAUUCACAGACAUAAUGGGCAAGAAAGUGAAGCCUCACAGACAUACAGGUCAAGCUAACAAAGAUUCACAAACAUAAGGAAUCAGCUAACUUAACUUCAAAGACAUACAGGAUGAGCUAAGGAAUAAGCUAAGAGCUUAAGUCGCUUCAGAGAACCUAAUGAGCUAACCAGCUUCAAAGACUGAUGCUAACGUAGCUAUGAAAAGCUAACAUAACUUAAUGUUACAAGAUUUUGUAUACAAAUAUAUAGGCUACAUGCAUCAACAAGGACAUAUUCACCCUGAAUCUAAAGUGUCUGAUACAUUCUCUGAUCAUUUCGGACAUUGUGGCUCAUUUCUGUGACAGUAAUCGCCUUCAGUGUUGAACAUAAGAAAACAAAAAAGACUUUUGUCAAUCGUUUUCAUUAUGUCUCUUGCCCACCUUCAGCAGCAGACGGCCUUUUAUUUCUGUAAAUCUGCCAAAGACUAUUGUUAAACUUUUCUAUUAGCAGGUCAUACAGCAGCUACAGGUGUCAUUGUGGCCCCGCCUACUUCUGCCAAAAGGGGGCGGGGCUAUAUCUGGUGAAGGAGUCAUCCAUUUUUUUUCCGAACUUGUGUCGUUUUGUGGUAAAAAAUAAAUAAAAACGAAUGUCAAGCGCAAAACUCAAUUGAACCAAUCAAAAAUGGCCUUUCCCCCACUGGUGCUGAAUUUUUUGUGACUCAAUGACUUGGUUUCUGGGAGGCAGCAACACCGUGUGGACGAGAGGACGCGUUUUGUUUUUUCUCUUCAUCUCUUCAUACCGUCCCUCCAUCUUCAUUGAUGGGGGAAAAGUGUGUCCUUGUGUUUGUGGAUGAGCAGGGGCAUGCUGGGAAAUGCAGUAUAUACAGUAUAUAAAACGAACGCACUGUGAUGGAUGACCGACAGAAAAAAAACUGACUUUGUUUCUUUCUGUUUGGUAGAAAAAAAAGUGAAAUUUCAAGUUUUUAUUUUACAUUUUUGUGCCAUUUUUCAGUUUUUAAAAAACGCAGGACAAAAUUCAUAUAAGAUAUGAAUUCAAUGAAGGAAUCAGUCGGAUGUUUGUUGUUGUUGUUGCCGUUGUUGUUGUUUUACUCUUUGUUCCUGCUUGCAUCACAAUGCAUUCUGGUCUUUGUAGUCCUGUGCUUUCUGGUUCUGUUGAUGAAUAAAGGUUUUUGGUGGGUUUUUUCCGGUUCAUCGUCCUUUUCGUGUGGAUGGAAUCCGUUUAUUCGUGGCGUAAGAGAUGUUUAAGAAACUGCAGGAAAGAAAAACUACCGAAAAAAGUUCUGAAGGUGGUUUUAUGAGUGGGGGUGAGACCUCUCUGUUGUCUGGUUUACAGUGUCUCUGAAAAGGAAAUGUUUUUCUACAUCAAAGUGUCUGCAUAUUCUAUUCUCUGAAAGACAAAAAAAUCUGUUUUUGUAUAUUUUCUUAUUGGAUGCUUAUAAAGUCAUGUAAAAGAAUGCAUUCAUCUGAUUGGCUAAAGAGGUAACGAGGGGGUCAGAGGUCAUCGGGCCUCUUCAGGACAUUUUCUUCUGCGCUGCAUGAGCAGAAAAAAUUUAAAUACAUUUACUGAAUUUACUUUGAAGAUAAUUUCAGACAGAAAAUGUUAAGAAGUGUAUGAAUCUGUGUUUGAUAAAAUCACCAAUAAAACAAUGUUCCACUAAAAAUAAA